AUGGUCUAUCAGGACGCGCUCGACAUCGUGGUCCUUGGUGCGUCGUUUGCAGGUCUCUCGGUUGCUCACAACCUCCUGAAGAAUGUCAUUCCUAGCCUUCAGACGUUCGAUGGAGCACCGAAAUACCGAGUCGUGCUGGUAACACCGUCUAGUCAUCUCUACUGGAAUAUGGCCGCUCCCCGGGCCCUGGUAUCGGCUGAGUUAGUCCCGCUCGACACGAUGUUCUCCCCAGUCAUCAAAGGGUUCAGUAAUUACUCGCCAGAGGAGUUCGCUUUUGUCCAAGGAACAGCUGGACUCAUCGACACGGCUCAAAGAAAAGUCAGCAUUACACUCACAACCAGACCGAACGUGGUGGACACGGAUCAGCGCGGAUCUACCGUGAGCACGCCCACUGAGAAGCCCACGGCGAGGACCAAAGGCAGCGUUUUCAAGACUCUGACCUACCACGCCUUGAUAUUCGCUACCGGGAGUUCCGCAGACUCGCCGCUCCUCUCUCUCCACGGCCCCCACGAAAAGACCCUAGCCGCACUGAAGGACUUCCACAAGCGCCUCCGCAACGCCAACAGCAUCGUCGUCGUCGGCGGCGGCGCCUCGGGCGUCGAAACAGCAGGCCAGCUCGCAGUCUACUUCAACAGCACGCCACCCAAGCCCAUCCUCGCGCGGCUGGGGCUGCGCAGACCGGCAGACCCGCUCGCAUGCGACCCGCCGCGGCGGCCCAAGACCAUCACGCUCGUCUCCGGGCACGGCCGACUGCUGCCGGACCUGGCGCCCAAGCUCGGCCGCAAGGCGGAGGCGAAGCUGCGGCGCAACCACGUGCACGUGCUGCACAACAUCCGGCUGAUAGCGGCGACGGAGACGACGGCGACGACGGACGGCGCGCGUCGACCGGCCGGGCAGACGGCGUGCCACCUGAACAACGACACGACCAUCACGACGGACGUGUUCGUGGCGUGCACGGGGGUGAAGCCGAACACGUCGUUCCUGCCGUCGGCGCUGGUCGACGCGGCGGGCUACGUCCGGACGCACCCGUCGACGCUGCGCGUCGUCGAGCGAGCGGCCGGCAGUAGUAGUACGGGGCCGCCCCGCGUCUACGCCAUCGGCGACUGCGCGGCGUACAGCAAGAACCGCACGGGCGACGUGUACGACGCGGUGCCGGUGCUGGCGCACAACCUGCGCAACGACCUGCUCGCCCACGAGCUGCGCCUGCAGUACCCGCCCGCCGGCGAGGGCACCGGCUUGCGGGACCGCCUCGAGGAGCUGGUCGACAGGCACUUCUCGCCCGAUCCGACGGAUACGCUGCUCAUGCCGUGCACGAAGAGGGGCGGCGUGGGCGUCUUGUUCGACUUUGGGAUCCCCAGCGCGCUCGUGCAUCUGCUGAAGGGGCGGGAUUACCGGAUCGGCAAGGCGAAGGGCGUGGUGGAGCGGGGGAUCAACCCGUACGGUAUGGGCGAGUAG